AUGCUGCUGCGUCUGCUGGGCCUGCUGCUGCUCGUCGCGGGCCCCACGAGUGCCGGCCACCGCCCCGAGCUGCUGCAGCAGCUGGGCGACAACGUGCCGGCCAUGUCGCUCGUGAGCGUGUCGCCGCUGGCCCCGCAGGCCGCCAAGACGCGCGUGCUGUGCUGGGUCAACACGUACCACGCCAACCACGCCAAGCGGCUGCACGCCAUCAAGCGCACGUGGGGGCGCAAGUGCGACAAGCUCGUGUUCAUGAGCGACGAGGAGGACCUGAGCGUCCCGACCGUGCACAUCGUGGCGCCGCCGCUGCACGAGACGCUGUGGCAGAAGCACCGCGAGAUCGUGCGGCUGCUCGUGCGCGAGUACAGCGAGCAGCACUUCGACUGGGUCUUCAAGUGCGACGACGACACCUUCCUGCUCAUGGAGAACCUCAAAACGUAUCUCGACUCGCCGCAGAUCCGCGCCAUCCCCGAGGAGGAGCCCGCGCUUUUGGGCCACAGGAUGACGCUGCAGUGGUGGGAGAUGCAGCGCCUCUUUGAGCCCUUCGAGGAGCACAACCCGGACCACGUGGCGGCCAUGCUCAAGGUUCGAGACGAGACGAGGAAAGAUGGAGGACUCAUUUACACCCCCGGGGGAGGGGGCUACGCCAUGAAUUGGGCCUAUUUGAAGAAGCUGGAGGCGGCGUUCGACGAACCGUUCUGCCUGCCGAACGAAGUGGUGCCCGACGACUGGGCCAUCUCCUUCUGCAUGCGCCACUACGGGGUCGUGCCGCUGGACACGAGGGACGAGGAGAAGCGAGAGCGGUUCCAUCAGUACGACCCCAACGAUCUGUACACGCGGCCUCACGACGAGAACGCGUACGAUCACAAGCUCUUCACGUCCAUCUACCAGGAGAACAACUGGUUCUCGGACCACAACGGCAUCGGCUGGCAGAACGGCAAGAACUGCUGCGCCCCCGACACGAUCAGCUUCCACUACGUCAAGCCUCCGCUCAUGGACUUGUUCUACGAGUUUUACUACGGAGAAGAGGAGCGCAGUAGUUAGUGGCUAGAGUGUACUUACGACCUACAUGUAGAUAAACGUGCUACAUUAAAGCUGCACUAAC